AUAUUUCAUAAUAUCCGAUCUUUAGUAUUCGUAGGACUUUAUUUGUAUUAACUUAUUUUGUAAUAGUUGUCAUUUUCGAAACCAAAAUGCUGUUCUCUAUACGAAAUGUAUUUAUUAUUUCUAUGACAGUUUUUAUUUAUUCUGACAUGACCAAUAGUUCAAAUUCAACAGAAACUUACAAUACUUCCCAGAACACUGUACUCUUUCCAGCUCCAGUUGUCAACUGGCAUGUUGUGAAAUCGGGCACUAAGAAUUUUUAUAUACAAACAUAUUUUUCAGCUAAUUGGUUCAAAGCCAUGCAGUAUUGCCAUUUUCAUGGAAUGAAAUUCGCUAGCAUUACCAGUGAACAAGAAAAUGAUGACGUGGUGGGAGAGUUGAAUGCAUUGGGUUAUAAAGAUGAUUCUCAUUUUUGGAUCUCAGGAAACGAUCUAUCAGAAAAUAAAUCGUUCGUUUGGUUAGGCAACGGCCAAAAAUUUAGGUAUGAGAAUUGGCAUGACGGCGAACCUAACGAUCAACCACACGAAGAUUGCGUAGAGUAUUGGAAUAAAAAUGAUACGGACGGUUUCAAAUGGAACGAUGAGACUUGCGAUAAAAAUUACUUUUUUAUUUGUGAAUUUUAACUAAAAUAAAUAAAAAAAUUGCUACAUGAUUAUAAAAAAAAAGAAUGUUUAUUUUACACAAAAAUUAUAUGCACUGGUAGUCGUUAAUGAUUGUAAAAAAAAAAAAAAAAACAAUUUUAAAAUAUGAUUAUUACUUUAUAGUUUGUCAAAUCAAUACAAAAUAUUAUUAAUUACAAUGUAUUUCAAAAAUAUUUAAAGAAUAUAAAGUAAUUAUAAUUUGAUGAAAA